CCAGUCAAAGGUUUGGAAUCGUGUGUGAUUCUACAAUCCUUUCAAUAUAAUUUCUGCGUUGCUCCCUUGGCGAGUCCAAACACACUUCACGAUGAAAGUAUUUUUCUGUCUAGCCGCUCUGCUAGUGGCUUCAGCCUGCGCCACAGAUGUGCCGCUGGAGAAGAAGCUGGAUAAGCGCGGUCUGCUCGAACUGGGCUAUGGCUACGGUCAUGCUGGUCUGGAUGUUGGCCACAUUGGUCAGGGCUCCGUCAUUGGCCAUGGUGGCAGCUACGGCUCCUAUGGACACUCUGCUCCCGCUGCCAUUGCUGUGGGACACAGCGGCUCUGGAAUCUCUUAUGGCCAUGGCGGCGGUGGUGGUGUCUCCUAUGGACACAGCGGUGGUGGCAUCUCUUAUGGCCACAGCGGUGGUGGCAUCUCUUAUGGCGCACCCGCCGUUGCCGUUCAUUCUCAUGCAGUGCACGCUCCCUAUGUGAUCAGCCGACAGGCAGAGCUCCACAAGACCAUCUACGUGACCAAGGGUAUUCCCGUGCCCGUGCAUGUCGACCGCCCCUACCCAGUUGUGCAUGAGAAGCGUGUGCCCGUCGAGGUUAAGGUGCCCGUGCCACAGCCCUAUGAGGUCAUCAAGAAGGUUGCCGUCCCCGUCAAGGAAUACGUGAAGGUGCCAGUCCCAGUGCCACAGCCCUACGAAGUCGUCCGUCACGAGAAGGUGCCCAUUCAUGUGCCCGUCGACCGUCCAGUGCGCGUUGAGGUGCCCAAGCCAUACCACGUGACCGUCGAGAAGCCCUACCCCGUCUACGUCCAGAAGGUAGAGAGGGUGCCCGUCCAAGUGCCCGUCGAUCGCCCAUACCCCGUCUACGUGAAGGUGCCCCAUGUCUCGCACUCCGUUGUGAAGCACGCACCAACCUACGCCAUCAGCAAAUACCCUGACACCGGCUUCGCCGUCGGCGGUUCAGGUUACGGCGGUGUCGGUCAUGGUGUCGCUGUCGGUCAUGGUGUCGCUGUCGGUCAUGGUGUCGCUGGUCAUGAUGCCAGCGUCUACUCCGACCAUUCUGGCUACCAUAAAUAGAGCGGUUUUGCGAAAUCUAUUGGAGCAUGGCGGACUUACCACAAUAUGAGCCGAAUCAAAUUUAGCUACAUUUUUUUAAUUCUGUCCAACAAAAAUUAAGAAAACGGAAAAAAAACACUAUCACACGGUCUCUGCGCUCCCUACAUAAUUUCCAAGAGGUUCUAGUAGAACUUCCACCCUGCCACUCUUUUAGCUUCUAAGUAAAAAACACCCCACAGGAAGAACAACAAAAACCUUUUGUAAAUUAUUUCCAAAAACCAUCAAAUGGAGCAUUGUUAUGUAUGAACUUAAAGAUUAGGAUAAUGCUCAGUUAAGUGUCUAUAAAAGAAUUAUGUAAUUUUAUAGACAUUUUAGCUGUUGCUGUUUAUCAGUUAAAGGUUUCAACGUACAAUGAAUGAAAAAUGUAUAAAAAAAUAUAUAAAAAAUGUUUUAAGAAAUAAAAUUGUAUAAAAUAA